AUGAUGGAAGGAAUGAUGGCGAAAGAAUGGGAAGAAUACGCAAGAAAGCAGCUCUUGUACCUGCCCAAUGCAGUGAAGGACAAGCAAAAGGCCCGUGAAGCCAUUGGCUUCUGCAAGAACAAUGCUGAAAGGCUCAGCCUGUCCAAGUAUUGGACAUGGGAGAACGUGGAGUCCCGCACAGCAGAGCAGAGCUACCGAUCCUUCGUGGUGCAGGGAGGCGAGGACGACGAGCUCUUCAGCGAUCUGCUGUGUUCGUUCCCCAGCCUCCCGCUGUUCGAAGGCAUCGAAAUGGACCCGGUCGCCUGGGUCUUCGUCGGCAAGAACAUGGUUCCCGGAUCUCGCAUGAAGGGAAGGCCGGAGCAUGUGGAUGAUGUAGGAGCAUCGGGUACAGUACACUGGCAGGUGAGCGGGAAGAAGAUUUGGCGCCUCCGUCCCUGCCUACAUGCCGAGUGGCCUCGAGGUUCAACAAAACCUUCGCCAUGUGAGGUGAUUGAGGUAGAAUGCGAGGAAAACUCCUUGCUGUUGGUGAACACAAGUGUCUACUAUCACGAGACGAAGAUACCCUGUACACAAGAUGACGCAGAUAAAGUCUCGAUCUCGAUCGCAAGAGAGUUCCACCUUCCUCUCACGGAUCAGCUGAUGGUCCAGCCAAGAAUGCCGAUCUGCGGGCGACUAGUCCCUCCCUUCGUGUCGUUGGUGUCAGGCUCCUUCGAGACCCACCACUCAAUCUGUGCCUGGUGCAGAACGCCGACCGGGAUCUCAACAGGCCAGAAACCAUGGCAGAGCGCAGCUUGCGCUUGUCUUUGCUGCAUGAUGCGAAAACAGAUCAAACGGGAGUUAUCCUACUUGCUGAACACGAGUGCUAACUUCUCCCCGUUUUUUACGUGGAAGUGCAGUGAAGGAGUUGGAGGGAGAAGAACGAAUGUAGCGAAGUGUGUCAGUACACUACAGAAAGAUUCGAAUGGCCUCAGGAAGCUGAUCUUGCAGGUCCCGAGGCCAAGGCUGCUUUCUUCGAACCGAUAA